AUAUCACUUGAAACGUGUUGUACGUUGGUUGCAUAAUGCACUCUGAAUCUCUAAUAAAACUUAUCCUAUAAAAAUCCAUAUUCACUUUUAGCAAAGACCUUUCAUCACACUCACUUGUACUCAUAGUAUUCAGCUAACAAUGUUGCCAAGAAGUAGAACACUUCCUAGCAGAUUUCAACAUGGAGUUCAGAUAGAAGAGAGGUAUGAUUUCAGACACUACUUAGAAGUGGAAGCACAACCCAAAAUCCAAACUGAGACUGAAUCAGUCUCCAUUGAGCCCAACUAUUCCAAGUGCUUCGACGACGAUGGUCGUCUCAAGAGAACAGGAACAUUUUGGACUGCAACUGCUCAUAUCAUCACUGCUGUGAUAGGCUCUGGAGUCCUUUCAUUGGCGUGGGCAAUAGCUCAACUUGGUUGGGCUGUUGGACCUGUUGUCAUGAUUCUCUUUGCCGUUGUCAAUCUUUACACUUCUAGUCUAUUAACACAGUGUUAUAGAACAGAUGACUCUGUUAAUGGACAGAGAAAUUACACAUACACUGAUGCAGUAAAGUCUAUCUUAGGAGGAAAAAAGUUCAAAAUGUGUGGUUUGAUUCAGUAUGUGAAUCUGUUUGGAAUUGCAAUUGGAUAUACUAUUGCUGCCUCAGUUAGUAUGAUGGCAAUAAAAAGGUCAAAUUGUUAUCAUGAGAGUCAUGGAAAAGAUCCAUGCCAUAUGUCAAGUAAUGGAUACAUGAUAACAUUUGCUAUAGCAGAAGUGAUACUUUCCCAAAUCCCAGACUUUGAUCAAGUAUGGUGGCUAUCCAUAGUUGCAGCUAUCAUGUCCUUCACUUAUUCUGCAGUUGGAUUGGGUCUUGGCAUCGCCAAAGUAGCAGAAAAUGGAGCUUUUCAAGGAAGCUUGAUGGGAAUUAGCAUUGGUGCGGUGACGCAAGCUGGAACAGUCACCGGCACACAGAAAAUAUGGAGAAGUUUACAAGCUCUAGGGGCAAUGGCUUUUUCAUACUCAUUUUCCAUUAUCCUCAUUGAAAUUCAGGACACCUUAAAGUCUCCUCCUUCUGAACAUAAGACCAUGAAAAAGGCCACUUUGGUGAGCAUCAUGGUUACUACAGUGUUCUAUUUACUAUGUGGUGGCAUGGGUUAUGCAGCCUUUGGAGAUCAUGUACCUGGAAAUCUUUUGACUGGUUUUGGAUUCUAUAACCCCUAUUGGCUUCUUGACAUUGCCAACCUUGCAAUUGUUGUGCACCUAAUUGGGGCAUACCAGGUAUUUUCACAGCCCUUUUUUGCAUUUGUUGAGAAGUGGAGUGCACGUAAGUGGCCAAAGAAUAAUUUUGUGACAGCAGAACAUGAAAUACCUAUUCCUUGCAUUGGUGUGUACCAACUCAACUUCUUCCGCUUAAUAUGGAGGACACUCUUUGUGCUAUUGACAACAAUCAUAGCCAUGCUAUUACCAUUUUUCAAUGAUGUUGUUGGAAUACUUGGAGCUUUUGGGUUUUGGCCUUUAACAGUUUAUUACCCAAUAGACAUGUAUAUUUCACAAAAGAAGAUUGGAAGAUGGACUAAAAAGUGGCUUGCACUUCAGAUGCUUAGUGGAUGUUGCCUCAUCAUUUCAAUUUUAGCUGCUGUUGGAUCCAUUGCUGGAGUGGUUUUGGAUCUCAAGACUUACAAGCCAUUCAAAACUAGUUAUUAAGUGAAAAAGAAGACUUUUGAGAGUUAGGUUGUAUCAUUAGCAAAAAAUGAUAAGUUUGUUUGGGUAAAAAAGAAUGUUCAGUGCAUUUAGCUAUAAGAAUUUUAGAAUGAAAAUUCUAGUUUGACAUAUUUCAUAUUUGGAUGUAAACAUAUCUAUGUGCAAGUACCACUUUGAAGUUACAAGGAGACCAAUUUCUAUGUCUAA